CAUCACUAUUUCACCAGUAUAUCAUCACCAUUAAUUUCCCGGUUCUACAACCCAUAAGCCAACUCUCUCCAGAGAUGAAAAACAGCAUCAUCGUCGGAGAAGAAUACUGCAAGCCUGAGCCGAUGGAAUUGGCUUUCAGUACAACGAUCAACGGAGUGAAGUACAAGGAGUUUGUAAUCACUGACCUUCAUGGCAAAGCCCUCUUCUGGCUUUCUAGUGAUAUUGCUAUCAAGAAGAAGUGGUUCAUAUUGGAUGCAGCCACUGGGCUCCCCCUUCUUUCCAUUAUAAAAAAGAAGUGGAGUCUUCAUAAAGGUUGGCAAGUAUUCCGAGGAGAUAGCACGGAUGAAAACAAUCACUUAUUUACAGUAAAAAAGAAUUCAAUUCUCAUGAUUCAUACAGAGUGGGACGUGCUUCUUACUGCUAACACUGAGGAAGUAGAAUGGGAUUUCAAGAUCACAGGAGAAUUCAGCAAGAGAUCAAUCAAAGUGUUUCAUAAGCAAAAUCCAAGUGCUGCAAUAGCUAAGAUGAGCCAGCAUGAUAAGGUGGUGAAGGUGAGACUGGCGAACUAUGCAUUCAGGAUGACUAUCAGUUCAAACAUAGACUUUGCCUUCGUUGCCUCGUUGAUUAGCAUAUUCCAUCAAUCGCAGCAAAGAAAAAAUGCACGCAAAGAAGGUAUGCAAACAGCAGCAAACGAAAUAGGACAAGGGGCAGUAGCUCUAGGGAAAUCGUUAGCACAAGCCGCGGCAUCUCAAUCUCAGUAAGGGGAAGAACAAGUACUACUACUGCAAACAAAACAAGAAACUCAAGAGGAAGAUAUAUGGUGAUGAAGAAGAAGAAGAAGAAGAAGAAGAAGAAGAAGAAGAAGAAGAAGAAGAAGAAGAAGAAGAAAAUGAUGAUGAUGAUGUGAUGAAGAAUAUUAUCCAUGUGUUUGCAUUAAUUCUUGGCUGCAUAUUAUGUCUUUUAAGAUUUAGGAUUUAGUGGCGUUUAUGUUUUGCA